UUUUAUUUUUUUCCAGUUACCAACUCGGGAAAGAGUGUGGAAUCUUCCGUAAGGGGUUGGUUGCCAAAGCCAUCAAACAAUUCAAACAUCAUUGAAUACACUGCCAGUUUCACUGUACCAUCUGACUUUGGCAGUCCUGGGGCUGUUCUCGUCACAAAUCUUCAUGGAAAGGAGUUCUUCUUGCUGGAGAUUGUGAUACAUGGUUGUAGUGAAGGCCCAGUCUUCUUCCCUGCAAAUUCGUGGAUCCACUCACGGAAAGAUAAUCCUGAAAGCAGAAUUAUAUUCAGAAAUCAAGCCUACUUACCCUCACAAACACCAGUAGGACUUAAGGAUCUUCGACGUGAAGACUUACUGAGCAAACGGGGAAAUGGAAAGGGAGAGAGGAAACCAUUUGAACGAAUUUAUGAUUAUGCUCCUUACAAUGACUUGGGUAAUCCAGACAAGGAUGAUGAUCUUGCUAGGCCAGUUUUUGCAGGGGAGGAGAGGCCUUAUCCUAGACGCUGUCGCACUGGCCGACCUCCAACAAACUCGGAUCCAUAUUCUGAAAGCAGAAUAGAAAAGCCCAAUCCACUAUAUGUUCCCCGUGAUGAGACUUUUGAGGAGAUUAAGGAAGCAACUUUUUCUGCUGGGAGGUUGAAAGCUGUGUUUCACAAUCUAAUCCCAUCCCUUGCUGCUGCUAUGUCAAACUCGGACAUCCCCUUCAAGUGCUUCUCUGAUAUUGACAAGUUAUACAGUGAUGGUGUCCUUUUGAAACAUGAAGAUCAGAAAGAAAUCCUUGAGAAUCUUUUGGUGCCUAUGUUAAUGAAAAAGGUCAUCAGUGCUGGUGAAAGGUUGUUGAAGUAUGAGAUUCCAUCUGUAAUUCGAAGAGAUAGAUUUUCAUGGUUGCGUGACAAUGAGUUUGCACGCCAGACAUUGGCGGGGGUCAAUCCAGUAAACAUUGAAAGACUGACGGAAUUUCCAAUUGUCAGUAAAUUAGAUCCAGCAGUUUAUGGCCCACCUGAGUCAGCACUAACAAGAGAAGUUCUAGAGAAAGAACUGCGUGGAAUGAGCAUUGAGGAGGCAAUCAAGGACAGGAGACUUUUUAUACUUGACUACCACGAUAUACUUUUGCCUUUUAUAAAGAAGAUGAACUCCUUGCCUGGGAGGAAAGCCUAUGCCUCAAGGAGUGUUUUCUUCUACACAAAUAAUGGCUUUCUAAGGCCAGUUGCUAUUGAACUUUCCCUACCUCCAACACCUUCUUUGCCCCGGAGGAAGUGGGUUCACACUCAUGGACAUGAUGCUACAGCUCACUGGACUUGGAAGCUGGCCAAAGCCCACGUCUCUUCAAAUGAUGCUGGCAUUCAUCAACUAGUGAACCACUGGUUGAAGACUCAUGCAUGCAUGGAGACUUAUAUCAUUGCUACUCAUAGGCAACUUAGUGUGAUGCACCCUAUUUACAAGUUGCUGCACCCUUAUAUGCGUUACACACUAGAAAUAAAUGCUCUGGCACGGCAGAAUUUGAUAAAUGGUGGGGGUAUUAUUGAAGCUUGCUUCAGCCCAGGAAAGUAUGCCCUGGAGCUGAGCUCAGCGGCAUACAAGAGUAUGUGGAGGUUUGACAUGGAGGCAUUACCAGCAGACUUGCUUCGGAGGGGCAUGGCAGUGGAGGAUCCGUCAAUGCCUUGUGGUGUGAGACUAGUGAUUGAGGACUACCCAUAUGCUGCAGAUGGUCUGCUCGUAUGGUCAGCAUUAAAAGAAUGGGUAGAAGAAUAUGUCGCUCAUUUUUAUUCUGAUCCCAAUAGUCUCUCUAAAGAUGUUGAGCUUCAAGCAUGGUGGAAUGAGAUAAAGAACGAAGGUCACUAUGACAAGCGGAAUGAACCAUGGUGGCCUAAACUGCACACAAAGGAUGACUUAUCUGGCAUACUAACCAUAAUGAUUUGGACUGCUUCAGGACAGCAUGCAGCCAUAAACUUUGGUCAGUACCCUUUUGGAGGAUAUGUGCCUAACCGUCCUACCCUUAUGAGGAAACUUAUCCCACAUGAAGGUGAUCCUGAAUAUGAAAAGUUCAUUUAUCACCCUGAGUACACUUUCCUAUCCUCUCUGCCAACGCAACUGCAGGCUACAAAGGUGAUGGCUGUUCAAGAUACUCUGUCAACGCAUUCCCCAGAUGAAGAGUACUUGGGUCAGCAACAUCCUCUAUAUUUCCACUGGAUCAACGACCCCCAUAUUCUAAGUCUGUUCAAGAAAUUCUCCUCUAGGAUGGAGGAAAUCGAGGAGACCAUAAAUGGGAGGAAUAAUGAUACUAGUCUAAGGAAUAGAAAUGGCGCUGGUGUUCCUGCAUACGAACUGCUGCUUCCCUCGUCAGGCCCUGGAGUAACUGGUCGUGGGAUUCCAAACAGCAUUUCCAUCUGAUGAAUGACUUCAUAUCAUUCCAAACAGCACAAUAUUGACUUUGUUGAAAGCUCGUAAUUUGCAGACAUGUUCUCAUGUUUCUUCUUUUAUGAUGAUCAUCAGUGUUGUAAAUGGGCUUUGCCGGCUUUGCAAUUUGCAUCAAGAUUGAGGACUGUAAACUGCAGGCUCCAUUUGGUUGCCAGUAAAGGGUAGGGAAGGGAUGUGAAAUCUGUAUCUUUCCAAUUUUAUCCGAUGUCUCCAAAGAGACACAGGAUGUGAAAUCUGUUUAGAAAGGAAAAGGGAAAAUUUUGUAAUCAUGGUUGUAUAACUUACCAAAAACUCAUGAAUUAAAAUUAAAUGUAAAAUGUAUCAUCACUAAAUAUAAUAAGAGAUUUAAGUAGUUAAUAUA